CGUAUAUAUUCAUUUUCAUGCCAGCAUUUUUUUUAUUCGUUAUAUUAACGAGUAAAGUGAUAUUUCUAAAUAAUACCAUCGAAAAAUGUUGCAAAGAGGCAAAACGUACGGAACACGUGCUUCAUAUUUUAAGAGAUUUCACUUACAAUUCAGAAAGACAAGAAGAGAUUUUGCAAUUUAUUUUACAAAUUGGACAAAAAUUACUAAAACUUUCUGGAAUGGGUCUGUUUAAUUUUGGUCAUCGAUUUGCUUACAAGUACGUUAUGACUUUGUUAGAUUGCACUAUUAUUAUAGAACAAUUGAAUAAUUUUUCCAAUUAUUCAUUGUAAAUAUUCUGGAAUAUCUA